UUGAAGAAGUCAUAAGAUCCAGGAAAGCCAGGCAUGGGAUGGUGAUGUGGUGGCCUCCUCCCAAGAUUAUGGAGAGGCGUGUGGCUCUGGUUGCUUGGUAACCGCAUGGAGUCACCACCAGUGGUGGCCACCAUUUUCCAAGACAUCCUCUACUGGAGUCAAAUGAGCAAGAGGGGAGCGGGGCCUGGUAUCCGCUCUGUAGCAUGGGCCCCGUGGCUACCUCUAAUACUCGCUUUUUCCUCUUGAUCGUACUAGUGACUUUCACAAGGUUGGGCAAGGCCAAUGAGCCUUGCCCAAUCCCGUGCCGUUGCACCGUGGAAAUCCUCAACUGCAGCAGGACCGCCAACCCCGGGCUCCACCGGGUGCCCAUGCCCAAGGCGGUUGGCCAUCCCCGUGUUUUUUUCUUUUUGGAUUUCACGAAUAAUGCGAUUUCUACUAUUGGAACACAUGCAUGGAGGAGCUUUCCUUGGGCUGAGUAUUUGGUUCUCAAGGGCAAUAGCUUGACCCGACUGCAAAAUGACUCUCUGGAUGGCUUGCUUUCACUGACACACCUGGACUUGUCAUGUAAUAAAAUUCGGACCAUUGAGAAAAAUGCAUUUGAACCCGUUCCAUUCCUGCAGUUCAUAGAUCUCAGUGGCAACGUCAUUGGUCGGAUCACUCAGGGGGCAUUUCAGGCCUGGCAUGGAAUGCAGUUUUUGCUCAAGUUGGUUCUCAGCCACAACCAAUUGACAGUCAUUGAGGAUCCCUAUUUAUACAAAUUGCCCUCACUGAAGUUCCUGGACCUUGGAGCAACAGGAAUUGCCCCAAAUACAUUGGUGGAACUGCUCAAAACCACCCUUCAAUUGAAAACUCUCAUCUUGCCCAAGAACAUGGUUUGUUGCCUUUGCCGUAUUCAGGACGACAUUGAAGUUCUGUGUGAAAGCAUCCAAUUGAAUUGCACUGAAUCAUGUGACUCAAAGAGCACUCAGUGUGGUAGGCUGGAGAAAAAUGAGGAUUUGCAUAAGAUGCAAGAGGAAAUUAUGAAGAUUUUGGAAACCAGGAAACGGAAUUCCAGUAACACCCUGAGUAUUCUGCCAGAGAGUCCUCUGCAACAAAACACAUCUUUGGCAAUGCCAGUGAACCAGAGCCUCUCUCAUUUUGGCAUCCAUUUCCAAAAAUUGACUCCCCACCUUUUCACAACCGUAGAACAUUUAGCAGAUGUGAGUAACAAUGAAUCUCUGGACAUAAAAUGGACUGACAAAAGUGAGCUGAAACAACUAUACAUGCUGGCCAAGUUGCUGGAGUCAGAACUCAAAGGGAAAAUUGUUGAGUACAAAGUGGCGGGGGCCUCAAUUGGCACUACACUUGCUGCAGAAAAGCAUGUUGCUCCAGCUCUGCAGAAGAAGAGACAUUUGAGGAAAGUCAAGAGAGACAGUUCGUCUCCAAACAGAAAAGAAUCACUUCUCAGGAUGGGCAGAAAUAAGCAGGGAUUGUCACAGGCCAUGAUGCAAUAUGCAGAGCUGCCAGGCAUCCAAGAUUCCACACCAAGGGCUCAGCACAUGAGAAAGCUAUCAAAAGAAUUUAAGCGUCUCAGAUCCCAUCGCAUAGCACCACGCCUGUCCUCUUGGAAGCGCUCCCUUUCAGACUUUUCAACUCUGGCUUCUCCCACCUUAACGGCCUCCAUCCUGAUGGACGACGACGAUGAUGAUGAAUUGACAGGCAAAGUUUUUAUUAUUUUGAAACAUGGCAAUAAAUCCAGAAAGCGUGGGAAAGCAACCACUCCCUCUCCUGUCACCAAACAGGAGGAAACGCCAGCUAGUCAAAAUCCCCAGCCAGAGAGUCAACCUGUGUUCGCCUCUCUAGCCCUCCCCUCUUUAAAUGAAUUUGUUGCUGGAGCCAAUAUGGAGAAUGCUGGGGAAAAGACUGGAGAAAAUGUUGGAAAUAUUGGUGGGAAUAUUGGGGGGAACGGCGCUGGGGCCCAAACAGUCUUCAAUAACGAAGAACUGCUCAACCAGCUCAUGCAUGGAGGGGGAAAAGGCAAAAUGCCAGGGGACGACUUGAAUGAGCUCUCGCCUGACAUUACAUUGUCCCAUGAGACGCACUGGGAACAUCAUGAGCCACAGACCUCUGCUUCCCCCCAGCUGAACCAAAUGAGGCCUCAGGACGACUUUCUGCGUAAGGGUGACCUCUUUGAAGCUGAGCUAAAUAAGCGUUUAGCGACCCUCAUCCCAAAUGUGCCGGUGAGGAACCUCAUCUCCCAUGUGAUUCGCAUCCUGAAAAUGGACUGCACAGAACCCACCAUCCAGAUGGCUUGUGCCAAACUCAUCUCCAGGACAGGGCUCCUUAUGAAACUCUUCAGUGAUAGAGAAAACAUCAAGGAGACUUCCCCUCUAUGGGAGUCAUACUUUUGGCCUGUCAAAACUGCAGUCAACAAGAGCAAGCCUAGCUCAAGAAAAAUUGAGAAACCUUCUGAUGAGAUAGCAAGACAGGGACUUCCAGAAUACGGAUAUGGCAACAAGAUACUGUUGGCUAUUUCAGUGACAGCAGCAAUAAUGCUUAUCAUUUUGGCAAUAGGGCUGUACGAGAUCUGUUCGCAGCGUUCAAGGGAAGGUGGCGAAAAACGGGGAUUUUGGGGCAGAAAGAAGAAGGGGUCAAUGGAUGAGCAAGCUUCUGCAACUUCUUCCGUUGAUAAGCCUCUCUGGCUUAAAGACACAUAUCAGCCUUUGGAUGAAACACGGAGAAAGAGCAUGGUUAAUAAACUGCACGAUGCAGAGUCCUCUGAUGAGGAAGACAUAUUCAACUGGGCUAAUGCAAGACCCCAAGCGGAGCCUCUUCCUGCACCAAAGCCCAGUUCAGUCAAAUUAGAAGCUCCACCUCCAGCUGAACCACCCCCUGUUAAAAAGGCCAGUUCCAAGAAAAUGAGUACAGUAUCUGCUCCCAAGAGCGCCUCUGAAGGUGCAAAAAAGACCGAAGAAGGAAGUGAAGGGGGAGGUGAAGAAUCUUCAAAGAAAGCUUCGGAAGGUGAAGGUGAAGGCGAAGGCGAAGGCGAAGGCGAAGGUGAAGGCGAAGGCGAAGAGGACUAAGGUUGACUGUUCUAUGUUUGUGAAUACUGGUGUACAUUAUCUAGAACAUUAUAGAAAAUUAUAUUCUUCAUAUGGAAUAUUAUUAAAUAUAUUCCUCCAAUAAA